CGUCACUUGUAAUUAUUUAAAUCAUAAUUUACAUUUUUAGGUUGUAAAGAAGAGGUCAAAGGUAACAUGCAAAUGCCACGGUGUAAGCGGAUCGUGCAGUUUGAGAACGUGCUGGAAACAAGCACCGACCUUAGGCGAGGUCAGCGAAGUGCUGUUCGACCGUUACGACAAGGCGGUGCGAGUGAAGGUGAACAAACGUGGCAAUCUGCAGUUGAUGAAAAACGGCAAGAAAAAAAAGGCGUCUCAGAUGGAUCUGGUGUACAUUGACGAAUCGCCGGAUUACUGUAAGUCGAACCUCGAAACGGGAAUCAUCGGCACAGAAGGAAGGGAAUGCAACAAAACUGGUCGCGGUAUGAGCAGCUGCGAACUGCUGUGCUGUGGACGCGGCUACAACACGUUCAAGCGAGUCAUCAGCGAAAAGUGCCACUGUAAAUUUCUCUGGUGCUGUAGGGUGGUCUGCAAAACCUGCCAUACCAAAGUGGAGCUGCACACAUGCAAGUAA